AUGACUGAACCAGACCAGGAGGAAGAAGUUAAUUAUAUGAACAACUCAGUGAGGCAAGGCAAUUUCUCUAGCAAUUAUAAUCAAAAUCAAGGCUGGAGGAACAAUCAAAAUCAGUAUUCUGGGUGGAAGCAAGAAGCAGGGCCAUCACAAAGGCAACCUCCACAGAAACCAUAUCAAAAUCAACCUUCCUAUCAGCCGGACAGGUUAUCAAAGAUGGAGGAAGCUCUUACACAAUUUAUGCAGGUCUCUACAACCAACCAGAAAAAUACUGAAGCUUCUAUCAGAAAUCUGGAAGUGCAAAUAGGGCAGUUAGCUAAACAGUUGGCAGAACAACAAAACAACAAUUUCUCAGCCAAUACACAGGUCAAUCCUAAGGAGCAUUGUCAGUCAAUUACAACAAGGAGAGGCACUGUGAUAGGAAAGGGGAUUGAGAGUGAGAAAAAUGAGAGAAGAGAUGGAGAUGUGAAAGAGGGGAGUAAGAAGAAAGGGAAAGAAGUUGUUAGGCCUCCUCCGGUGAAGAAUCUACCUUAUCCACAUGCUCCAUCAAAGAAAGAUAAGGAAAGGCAGUUUGCAAGGUUCCUUGACAUAAUCAAGAGACUACAAAUCAACAUACCUUUUGCAGAAGCCUUAGAACAAAUGCCAUCUUAUGCAAGAUUUAUGAAAGAGCUUUUGACAAAGAAAAGAAAACUUCAUGAGGAUGAGACAGUGGAAUUAGAGGCAGGUUGCAGUGCUAUAAUUCAAAAGUCACUUCCACAAAAAUCCAGAGAUCCAGGGAGCUUCACUUUGCCAGUCACCAUUGGCAAAUCUCUCUGUGGGCAAGGCAUUAUUGGAUUUAGGGGCCAGCAUCAACCUUAUGCCUCUAUCUAUGUUACAGAGGAUAGGAGAGGUGGAGGUGAGACCCACUUUUGUAUAGAUUUGUAG